GCCGACAGAAAAUUGCUCUCAACUUGCCUUACAGUAGUAAUCUUAAAGUUGUGCGGUCCAUCUCCACUAGUUAUCAGGAUGGCCCUUAACGACGCUGAAGUUCGAAAACAAAUCGAACAUAUGAUGGCAUUUAUAGAGCAGGAAGCCAAGGAAAAGGUCGAGGAAAUCGACGCCAAGGCAGAAGAAGAGUUCAAUAUUGAGAAAGGUCGCCUCGUACAGCAGGAGCGUCUCAAAAUAAUGACUUUUUAUGAAAAGAAAGAAAAGCAAGUUGAGUUGCAAAAGAAAAUUCAGAGAUCAAAUCAGUUGAAUCAGUCACGACUGAAGACCCUCAAGGCACAGGAUGAUCAUAUCAAGGCUAUACUUGAUGAUGCAGUUAAACAGCUUGGUAAGGUGACACAAGACAAGACUCAGUACUCGCAAGUUGUCAAAGGCCUUAUAACACAAGGAUUAUUUCAGCUCCUGGAGCCAGCUGUGUCAAUUCGGUGUCGCCAACAAGACCUUGAUAUUGUGAAGGGUGUAAAGGAUGCUGCUGUUGAGGAAUAUAAAAAAGCCACAAAGAAAAGUGUAGAAUUAAGCAUUGAUGAGCAGACAUUUCUAGGCUCUGACUGUGCGGGUGGUGUUGAAUUGUUAGCAAAACAAGGACGGAUUAAAGUUGUAAACACAUUAGAGAGCCGCCUUGAAAUGAUGAGUAAACAGAUGAUGCCAGAGAUUAGGGAGACUUUAUUUGGUGCAAACACCAGAAGAGCAUUCUUUGACUGAUGUGCCCAAUUUCUUGACCACAAACUUUGUUUCCUUUAUACAAAUUUUCCUUUCCUAUCCUAAAACCAUAUGACCUCCUACUGAUAAAAAAAAUGUGUGUAAACUUCUUUCUGGAUGAACAUUCCUUUGAACUUACUUGGAAGGGGUUAUUUUUGUUUUGUUUUGUUUUUUUGUUCGUUGUGUUU